GAAUUUGUAAACCCCGGUGUGACAAACGACACAUUCCCAAUAAGGUGAUGGCAGUGAGACGGAUCGUGAUAACAUGGGAUACAGGUUGCAAUGAUUUUACAACGUAAACAAUAACGAAACCCGACCAAUACUCACAGUUUCAGAUCAAUACCCUUCUGUGUUUUCGGCCUCUUCUGAGUGUGUGUCAUUCGAUUCCUGAAGUACAGAUGCUAGAUUCCUCAGAAUCUAUUGGAAUAAAAGGAAACAUCAAUCAUGCUUCCAUUUCUGAUAGUCCGGAUGUCAAGACGGCAACAAAUGCCACGACGUUGUAUGAUUGUGAAUACUUAUGAAGUUUUCAACUAGAAUACCCUGAAUAGAAUAACUCGGACUAUGGAGAGUUACGAAAUCAAUUACGAUCUGGUGACCGCUGUUGUUGAAGGCAACAAAGCCAGAGUGAAAGAACUUUUGGAUCGAGGAGUAAACCCGAAUACGGGGGAUCCUUUGGGAAUGGCGGCAAUGUACGGUCACAAAGACAUAGUAAAACUACUCCUUGACAAGGAAGCAGACAUUAAUAAGGGGGAAGCAUUGGAAUGGGCAGUACGGAACGGUCACAAAGACGUGGUAAAUCUACUCCUUGACAGGGGAGCAGAUAUUAAUAAGGGGGAUCCUUUAUUGUAUGCAGCACAGUUAGGUCACAAAGACAUAGUAACACUACUCCUUGACAAAGGAGCAGAUAUUAAUAAGAAUUUUAUUUUCCAGCAUAGUAAUGAUGCAAUCACAUUCCGAGAUUUAUAUGUAUUCUUUCAGUUGCCGAUCUCGUCGAAAUCACUACCAAUCAUUGUAGAGCAACAAGAACAAAUACGGCAGCAGAAACAACAAAAGCAGCAGCAGGAAUUUACGUUAAGAAUACAAGAGAAUAUUGAAAAGCCUUGCAAUAUCACCAUAACUGUGGUUGGCCAUAAAGGCGUUGGGAAGUCUUGUUUUGUUAGACAAAUAAAACAAGAAAGCAUACCGAAAGAUGGUCCUCCGUCGACGGAUACGGCCGACUUCUAUAUAAACUACGUAGCCUACAACCCGAACACCGGAUAUCGACAAACACUCGACGAAGACGGAGAAAUUGAGACCGGACGUCAUCGCCUAAAGCGAAUAAUUGAUCGAUACCGAAAUGGGGAAAAUAGUACUGGAUCGGAGCAUGUUAAUGAACCUGAGCAUGAUACUGAAGACAAAACAAAUCCGUCAACUAUGGUCGCAUCAACAUCGUCUGCACCGUCGAAAGUGAAAAAGACAGGUAUAAGAAAGAGACUAAAACGAUUCUUAACCAAGCUAUCAUUCCGAAAACAACCAAAAGAAAUGUCUUUUGAACAAAGACAAAUUGUUGAUGAAUCACCUUCGGUUAAAAGACAAACUGAAGACGAAAUAAAGCUCACUAAGCAAGAAUUAUCUCCAGAACAAAUGAACAAUAUAGAUGAGAUAAUGUGCACCGAGACAGAAGAAGGUGACGAAGAGGUGAAAGGUUUUGUCACAAUCUAUGAUUUCGGAGGAGAACAGGUGUUUUACAACACACAUCACUGUUUCAUGUCCAGCAACAUGGUUUUCGUCGUAGUGUUUGACGUGGCGAUGUGUCUGGAUUCGAACCGAUCAGUGGCAGGCUACGAAAUAACCGAAUAUUGGCUGAAAAACAUUGCUACUUAUGCAAUUGAUGACGGAGCAGAUGGCAAACGGACGCCACCAAUAAUCCUGGUCGGCUCACACCUAGACCAGGUGUCGCCUGACACAGAAGAGCAGAAAAGAUUGUUUGGAAAUGUAUUGGCGAAGAUUUUCGAUGAUCGGCAACUACAAGAAAUAAUGGAAAACCACAUCCACGACGCGUUUCCAAUUGCAAACUUGAAUGAUUCCACGAUAAACCAACACGUUUACGAAUUAGUCUGGCAGAAGGUCAUUGAGAUCGCCCCAUUCCAGUCGCAAUGGGAACAGCCUGUCCCCGCCAGAUGGGUUGCAUUACAGCACGAACUGGUUAGAUUGAAAAAUAAAGGUGGCAUCAUUCUAACCUAUGAUGAGUUGCUACAGCUUAACCGCGAGUUACCUGUACCGUUAAAGGAACGGGAAAUCAAGGAUUUCCUUAGAAAUCUGAAAUUCACAGGCUCAUUCCAUUGCUUUGACCUUCAUGGUAACAGUCCAUUUGUAGUGCUCCAGCCGCAGUGGACAAUUGAUGCAUUCAAAGCAAUUAUCACAGAUACAAAGUUCAGAAACAAGCUACCCUCCAUGCUGGAACUAAAGUGGAAACAAUAUGAAAAGUCCGGUGUUCUUCCAAUGAAAUUUCUCACUCAGCUUUGGGGGGAAGAAAGGUUUCUAAACAACAAGGAAGCACUCUGCAUCGUGAUGGAAACCCUUAGUCUUCUUGCAAAACCAAUAUCAGACGAUUCAAACGUCGAGGUUGAUUACUUCAUUGUACCGUGUAUGCUUCAGACCGCCGAUCCAGAGAUAGUUCGCCAAAUACUUGAUGAUCCUGAUACAGUUUCCAGUGUCACUCUUUGUCUCAAGUUCAACAACCCAUUCAUUCCACAAGCAGUGUGGGACAAGAUGAUUGCCUCCUGUAUCCACAGGUUCCAACGACUAAAUGAACCAGGGCUUGAUGGCUUAAAGUUCAUCCAUCGUGGCUUUGCUUGCCUGACAGUGGAUUAUCUCUGGAACAUAGCCAUCAACUGCAGAGACAAUGCCAUGAAGAUCACAAUGUUCAAAACAGAUAAGAAUAAAUCAAAGCCAAAAGGAGCUGGAGUUAACGUAAUAUACAUCCUUGAAUUCCUUCUCCGGCGUAUUCUUGAUCAAAAUCAUCAAAACCACCUGGAAUACCAAUUCUACCUACACAACGACUACCGUUUUGAUUCCAGUGAUAAGAUGGUGAAAGUAGACGAUCUCAAGAAGACUCCAUGCCUACAUUGCUUCGGUUUAAAUGGGAAAGGAUGGAUAGACAAAGAAGACGUCCGCUUCUGGUUCAAAGACCCCGAUCAAAAGAUGGAACGGAAUGCAACGUUCAACGACGAGUUAACUGCUGAGUUACCGGAUAGAAAUCUAACGUGCAAAGAGAUUGGAAGAGUCUCCAGAUACAUUGGAAGUGCAUACCAGACAUUCUUCGUCGGACUGGACUGUCCUAUUGCAGAACUGGAGCAGGAGAUGGAAGAGCACCGCCAUCUCGCUUUCAGAUCUCGGAUCACGAAAAUUUUCCAUCGACUGCUCAAAAAGAAGGCAGAUGUCAAGUUCAAGACUGUAGCCGGGGCAAUGUCACUUCACGGAAUGGAUCCUACGCAGCUCACAAGCAUCAUUGACUGUAACCGGAAAACAAUCUAUGAAGACGAUAGAUUGCCAGAGAGAAUAUUGCAGAAAACUCUGUCACAAGGUGAUGUUCCAGUCAUUGUAGAAUGUGUGGCUAUAAACGCAUAUUUCAACAUGUUCCUGGAGCUUGGAUUCCUGCCAAAAACUAUUGACGAGUUUGACGACCAUUACCGAAACAAAUCAACUCGUGACAAGAUAAAUGCCUUGCUGGAAGCUGUCAUUACGGAAAUCAAACCUCAGCCAACACUUAACGCAGUUUUGCUGGCGAUGCAGGAAUGCGACAUGGACACAGAAUCCGUCAUCACGGCAUUAAAGCUUAUAGAAACCUGACGACACAACGUGUACCAGAGCAAAACACUGACGACACAACUUGUACCAGAGUAAAACACUCACGACACAACGUGUACCAGAGUAAAACACUCACGACACAACGUGUACCAGGUAAGACAAUUGAAAACACAACGUGUACCAGGUUAGACAAUUGAAAAAACAACGUGUACCAGGUUAGACAAUUGAAAACACAACGUGUACCAGGUUAGACAAUGGAAAACACAACAUGUACCAUGUUAGACAAAUGAAAACUCUUAUCCACCCUCUAACUGAAGCCAUAUGGAUGAGAGAAAAACACAUACUGGAAACUAACUGAUAUUUAGUUAACACAAAAGUGAUUUGUCUAGGAGAAUGCAAUUGGUACACACCAGCAUGAUAUUAUAUGUUAUUGAAUUGAUAUUGUCAUAGUAUCGUCAGUGAUGUAGAGUACGAACACAAAAUGAGUGGAAAGCGAUCAGUUAAUCAAACGUUGAUAUAUUUGAUUUGUAUCUGAAUACCAGACAGUUUGUGAACUAUGUUUUUCCAUUUUAUUUCAAGCAUUGCAAACAUGUCGGUUUUUAGUAUUUUUAUAUACAAUACAAAAGUAUGUUUGCUGUGUUAGAUGCCUGAAUAUUAGAAACUAUCACCUUGGAUUAUUUCUAUUGCAACUCGGUCGUUUAUCUUCAGAUUUUUUAUUCGUGUUUCGGUUUUGUUUUGUUUUAUUUGUUUAACGUUCUGUUUAACAGCUUAGGUCGUUUAAGGACGGCCUCAUGUGCUCGCGAAAUGCAAUCGUGUGGUGAAUGCGUAUGUGUGUUUUGUGGUAAGUCUCCUUGUGGUAGGCUUGAACUUUUGUCGAUUUAUAGUGUUACCUCACUGAAGCAUAUUGCCGAUGACACCCAGCAGAACACCCCACCCAGUCACAUGAUACUGACAACAACCGAACCAGUCGGCCUAUGUUAAUACUGUUUACAUGACUUAAAGAUCGUUUUUAAUUUGAUAUUGACAGAUAUGUAAUUCCGUGUAGAGAAUACAUACCAAAUUACCAACGUGCUCACUAAGACAGGGCAUAAGGUUUCAUAUCUCGAGUAAGGAGGAUUUUUGUAAAUAAAUAUAGACUAAUUUUAAUUAGGCAAAAUGUGCUAGUGUAAGUGUAUUAUUAUGUUAGUGUGUGAUUAUGUAAGUGUUAAAUUUUGUAAGAGUGUAGUGUAAUUGUGUGAUUUUGUAAGGGUGUGAAUGUGUAAGAUUGUGCUUGGGUGAGGGUGCGAUUGUGUACGUUUGUGAUUGUUUAUGGACGUGAAUGUGAUGUGAUAUUGUAAGGAUAUAGUUGUGUAAGGAUCUGAUUAUGUAAGGGUGCGAUUGUGUAAGUUUGUGAUUGUUUAUGGACGUGAAUGUGAUGUGAUAUUGUAAGGAUGUAGUUGUGUAAGGAUCUGAUUAUGUAAGGGUGCGAUUGUGUAAGUUUGUGAUUGUUUAUGGACGUGAAUGUGUAAUGAUGUGAUCUUGUAAGGAUGUGAUCGUUUAAGGAUGUAGUUGUGUAAGGAUCUGAUUAUGUAAGGGUAUGAUUGUGUAAGUGUGAUUGUGUGAAUGUGGUUAUGGAAGGAUAUGAUUGUGUGUAUAAUUGUGUAAGGGUGUGAUUGUGUAAGUGUGUGGUUGUGUAAGUGUGUGGUUGUGUAAGGGUGUGAUUGGAUAAGGUGUGAUUAUGAAGGGUACGACUCUGAGGGUAUGAUAUGUUUGGUUUAUUUUGCUUAACGUCCUAUUAACAGCUUUGGUCAUUUAAGGACGGCCUCCCGUGCGUGCGACAUGCAUGCGUGUUGGGAAUGCGCAUGUGUGUUUUGGAAGGCUAUGUGAUAGUGUAAAGGUAUAAAUGUGUAAGGGUGUGAUUGUGUAAGGGUGUGUUUUUGUAAAUGUUUGGUUGUGUAAGGAUGUGAUAGUGUAAGGGUGUGAUUGUGUAAGUGUAUAAGGGUGUGAUUGUGUAAGGGUGUGUUUUUGUAAAUGUGUGGUUGUGUAAGGAUGUGAUAGUGUAAGGGUGUGGUUUCGCCCAAUAGCCGCCCAUGUCAAUUCUUCGGGAUAUGGCGUCGUUUUUAAGGCAAAUUGAAAUCAAGAAAUUUUGGUUGGUAUAUGUAAAUCAAUUUUGAAAUUAUUUUCCAUGAAACUGCAGUUAUUCAAUACCGAUAAUUCUUGUAUUUACUUUAGCGCAGGCAGCAAUAAGUAAAUAUAAAGGGGAGGAGAUGGGGUAUAUUACUUUCAAACCGGCUGAUAUCUACUUGUUGGAACUUAACACCUUGCUGUACAAACUAAAAUCGUGUUAUUAUUAGUAAACAUAUGAUACAGUUUGCACACAUUAUACUUUUUUAGAGGUUAUAUUAAAUAUUAUAUUGAUGUGAACCAAUCACGUUCAUAUGAAGAUUACACGAAAACAAUGACGUCGUUACAGUAUUUUGAUAUAGAGGUCGCACUUUUUUAUAUUGAGAUGGUGUGUGUAUAUUAGUUUGAUAUAGAUGUUUGUGUGUAUACAUUUUGAUAUAAAGUUUGUGUGUAUACAUUUUCUGAUAAAGAGAUUUUUGUAUACAUUAUUUUGGUAAAGAGAUGGUGUGUAUAUAUUAGUUUGAUAUGCAGAUUGUGUGUAUAUAUUAUUUUGAUAUAGAGCUGGCAUAGAUACAUUAUAUUGAUAUAAAUAUGGUGUAUAUAUAUUGGUUUGAUAUGCAGA